ACAUCCCUCACUCCCUGCCCGCCUGUCAGAAGUCCCACACGUCCCUAGAGGAUAAGAUGCUAUGGGGGCCACAGGAGGAACGGCGCUUUACGUCUGCUGUGUUCUCUUCAUCCUAACAGAAGCCAGCUCUGAGUUCAUCCACAUCCCUUCGUUAGUGCAUCAUGGUGUUGAAGGGAAGCCCCUGUUCCUGUCCGUCGAGACCCACUUCCCGCUGGAUAAAGCUAAUAUCCAGGGAACUUGGUCCCACAUGAGGCCGAGCGGCACCAGAGCAACGUUGGUGACAUUUGACAAAAAGGCCACAAUCAUUGACAUGAUGUACCGCAACCGCCUCCUCUUUGGACAACCCAAUGUUUCUUUGCUAAUCCAGACAUUAAACAAGGAUGAUGAGGGGGAUUACCACCUGAACCUCAACAUAGAGUUUUACAACAAGACAGGACUGGUUAUCAAGGUGGAGAGAACUGUGCAUGUAACAGUGGACGUGCCCGUGUCCGUUCCAGUCAUUGAGAAGAGCCCAUCAUAUGCAGUCGUUGAGGAUAAGGCAAAUGUGACCUGGACCUGUUCUGUCGAGAGAGGAACAAGAGUUGUGUUCCAGUGGCUCAGGGACAAUAUCACACUAGGUCCCAGUGACAGAUACCACUUCUCCCAAGACAACUCUACUUUGUUAAUCAGUCCUGUGAGAAAGGAGGACAAGGGAACAUACCGCUGUGUGGCCAGCAACCCCGUCAGCCAGGGUCAGCAGAGCAGGGCUGUGGAGCUCAAUGUCUACUAUGGCCCCUACAACCUGGAGGUGAACUCGGGCCAGGGCCUGCGGACAGGAGAGGUGUUCACCAUCAACCCUGGAGAGCUGGUGUUCUUUGAAUGCCAGGCUGAUUCCAACCCACCCAACAGCUACGUCUGGAUCUCCAAGAGCCGCAACGCCACCCAGGUCAUCACCGAGGGCCCGCGGCUGGAGGUGCGCUCCUACAGACUGGCCCAGGCCGAGGAGUACCUGUGCCGGGCGUUCAACAACGUGACACAGAAGCAGGACGAGGCCCAGUUUACUCUGGUGGUGGCCAGUUUGGGAACAGGGAAAGAGAAGCACAUGCAGGAGGGCAGCUCUCUAUCCCCUCUGGCAGCCAUUACUGUCUGUUCUUUGUUCAUCAUCGGCUGUAUGCUGCUGUUCUUCAUUCGGAGAACCUGCCAUCCAAAGAGAGUGCUUAUGAGCAUUUACAACAGACCGCUUUCAGAGCAGAAACGACCACAUCGUUCAGGUCACGAGGAUGCAACAGAAGACUUUGGCAUCUAUGAGUUUGUCUCUAUACCUGGGAAAAUGGAAUCAGCACAGGCAUCGUGCAGAUCUCUGGCUCGCCUCGAGUCGGUUCAGGAUAUGCACACCACCAUCUACGAUGUGAUCAGACAUGUUCCUGAAACCCCCAGUCACAGUUUGCUGAAGUAACUCUAGCCGGGGAGCUGAGAUGCAACUGACAGUCAUUUCACUUGAAGACUCUCACGUAGCUUUAUUCUCUCAAGUCUCUGAAACACUGGUUUUGGUGGCCCAUUUUUUGCACAAGGGAUGAAGGAGACUUGUGUGAGUACACAACUUGAUCGUGCACUGUUACUGUCCAGAGUUUGGGACAGAUGUUAAAUGUCUUUUGCUGACAUUGUUGUGAGAUGAAAGUGUAUGUGUGGCUUGAUUUUUGUUUUUUUUUUAAUGUGAAAGCUGAACUGAAACUAUUUUUGUUUAAAAAUGAAGAUCACUGGGAUCAUACUAAACCAAACGGGUUAGUAGGUGUCUGAUGGUGUCCACAUUCCCACGAUUACAAUUAGAACAUAUGUUUAAUUUAAAUGCUGAGGUUUCAUUUGCCAUUCCUUUCAAGGAGAGUCUGUUUUGUGAGAAGACAAGUGUUAUCAUAAUGAAUGCAUUUUAUUGAAUGAAAUAUAUGUAAGUGUAAAUAUUGUACAUGGAUGAUACUGCAGAUUCUCUAUUGUUCUAUUUCUAUGUUAUGCUCAAAUCUAUUUAUUCCUAUAGAAACACUUAACCCUGCGUGUUUCCUCAGAUGUAGCAUUUCUUCUGCUCAACAUGGAUAUAAUGAAAUGCUGAAAACAAGGAAAAAUGAAUAAUGAUUCUUAAAUUAUUUUACAGGUUGCAUUCACGUUUGUUUUGUACUUUAUUAAAGACUUAACUGUU